AGCCGCGUUUGUGUCCAGAUGAAAGUGCGACGUGUCACGGAUCAAUCGGGGUCUCGAUAGACCUCAGCUGCCAAUGAUCCUUCAGGCAACACUUCGGAUGAAAUGAGGAGCAUCUGUUUGCUUUGAUUAACAGAUCAAAUGAAUUAUCCGCUCGUUUGGUCCGUCUGUCAACAUCAGCUUUAAUCUGUCGAGGUUUUCUCCUCAUCGUGGCCGCGUGAUCCGUAGCGGAGGUCGACGUCACUCUCUGUGGGCAGCACGUCAGUCCCGUUGUGUCCGACCCUUGUUGGUGGAGUCCGCACAGCUGUUUCAGGAGCAUCGUCAGUCAGCACCAGGAAGCUGAAGAGACGUGGUUUGUUUGAAGCGAAGGAUGGCACUCGUCUGCCCAAAAAGACUCGCUGUCAUUGAGAUGCUCGAGAUGAAGACGGUAGGCACAGUGCGGACCUUCAUGGUGGGUGUGUCUUAAAAUGGACGGUCAGAGCGAACUUCAUCGGAAGGACGAAACGACAUUGGUUUGCAUUUCAACUGCAGACCUUCUCAGCUUUGUUGGCAACUCUCUGCUGCCCUCUGCUGGGUACAAUUCGAUACUGCAUAAUGAAGUACCCUUUUCCUGAACCGUCGAAACUGUAACAGCCUGCUCGCUCUCGUUCACUGACUCUACAAAGCAGAGCGUUGGGUGGAUCUCACGGCAGCAAUGACUGCGAUGUGAGGUUUUAUUUUGAAAGGACACCGGAACUCCUCCUGCAUGGCGCUUGUGCACUGGCUGACGAUACAGCAGUGCCGCUGGAUGUAGCAGCUCACCACCCGGCUAACACCUGAACUGGCUCGGGACGGUGACUGUGCCGAACCGGACCGAGCAUUCAGAAUGAAUGACGGGGCGGGGCUUCGAUUUCGACGGCAGCAGCGGCCCCAGAUCAUCACCGACGAGCUGCCCGGGCCCCGGCACAAGAGCACCGGAACCUACAGUGGCAAAGUCUUCCAGGUGACACUGUUGUCCGUGGGGGGAGUCGUGCUGCUUCCUGUCCUGGUCAUUACCCUGAUUCUGGAGUCGCCCAUCCAGCCUAGCGUCUUCAGUCUCAAGGACCCCCCAUUCAUGACAGGCAGCUGGGCUCCCAACCUGCGACUCCGCGAUGCUGAGAGACUUUUUCAGGAGCAGCUCACUGGCCCCGAGUCGAUCGCAGCGCUGGGAGAUGUUUUCUUUAGUGGGACGGCUGACGGAAGAAUUGUGAAGCUGGUGGGUCGGAGGAUUUUCACUCUGGCUCGACUUGGAAAACCGCCCUGCGGGUCUCUGGAGCAGGAGCCCAGCUGUGGGAGGCCGCUGGGCAUCAGAGCCGGAUCCAACGGGACGCUGUUUGUGGCCGACGCUUACCUGGGCAUUUUUGAGGUGGACCCAAGCACAGGUGAGGCGGAGCCUCUCUCUCGCUGGGAUCGGAAGGUGACGCGCCUGUCUGCAGGCGCCUCCACCCAGCUGGUGGUGGGGGGUCAGGAGGUCGCGGGGAGGAGGUUGUCCUUCAUCAACGACUUGGACGUGACUCAGGAUGGUAAGAAGAUAUACUUCACCUCCUCCUCCAGCAGAUGGCAGCGACGAGACUACUUGCACCUCCUGAUGGAGGCCACAGCCGACGGAAGAGUGCUGGAGUACGACGCUGAGACCAGAGAAGUGUCUGUGGUGAUGGAGAACCUGCGAUUCCCCAACGGCAUCCAGCUGCUUCCGGACCAGGAGUCGGUGCUGGUGGCUGAGACCACGAUGGCCCGGAUACGCAGAGUGCAUGUGGCGGGCCUGAACAAAGGUGGCAUGGACACGUUCAUGGACAACCUCCCUGGCUUCCCGGACAACAUCCGGCCCAGCUCCAGUGGCGGAUACUGGGUGGCCAUGUCAGCCAUAAGGCCCAACCCUGGAUUCUCUCCGCUGGACUUCCUGUCCCAGAGGCCGUGGAUCAAGAAACUCCUGUUCAAGCUCUUCAAUCAGCAGGUGUUGGUGAAGCUGGCGCCGCCCUACAGCCUGGUUGCUGAGCUGCAUGAGGGCGGCGUGUGUUCCCGCAGUUUCCACGAUCCGGGUGGCCAGGUGGUUCCCUACGUCAGCGAGGUCCUGGAGCACGCUGGCAGCUUGUACCUGGGUUCAUACCGUUCGCCCUUCAUGGUCAGACUGGACCUGAGGGCGGCAGGGUGACCCACCAGGCCACACACACACACACGCACUGACUUUUUAUUUCUCACCUCAAAAGUCAAUAAAUGUCUCUCCUUAUUCCGAUGCGUGUCAGCAUUGAUGGUGUGAUCACAUGGAUGACUUUGACUGGACGCGUGUGUACUUGCGUGUUCAUCGGAUGGUCGCGUGUUUGUUAGUGAGAGUUUGUUGUCGUUGUGUCUCCGUCCUCCUGUUUGUUUUCCUGUGUGUUA